AUGGGAAUGCUUCCAAGAGAAAUGCUCCCAACUAUGGGGCUGGCGAAAAGAGGUCUUGAUGCAUUUCGGGGUACAGAAUCACCAACUGAAGAAGUUCAAAUGCCGGUUUGGGGCGCCGUGAUGAUCGCAAGUACUGUUGUUGUGUUCUUGAUCAUGGACUUUAUGGUUGAAUAUACCUUCACCAGACUCAUUCCUACCCUUCUUAUGGUCGAAUCUCCUCAGGCAAUCCUAUUCGAACCUCUCACAUCUGAAGAUCCCGAUGCGAAACUCGACCACAAAGGAGAUGCUGAACCGGAACUGUUACUUGUAAAGCAGAAACCCAUUACCUCAAGCUUUAAAUCAACCAUCAAGCACCUUCGCGCCCGCGCCGGAAAGCAAAGUCAUUUACGUGGUGUUGGAAUGCACUUCGUCAAAACCUUUGUCUUGGGUCUACAAAUGAACUUCCUCUCUAUAUUCCUCCCCAACAUCUUCGCUUACCCUCUUGCGAAUGUCCUCUGUGCACCUUUCAGUUUGGCAUGGACGCACAUUGUUAUCUCGGACCCAAGCCCACUUCCAUGGUUCAAGAGAAUGCCAGAUGUUGCAACUAUCAAGAAGGUUAUUCCAGCAACAGUUGUCUUUGCUCUCGCCAAACAAGCCGCCAUUUUCCUCCCAGGUUACCUUGCUCUCUCAAUCGGUCUCUUCGAAUCAUUCGAGAGUGAACCUUCAAAGAUGACCCCGCAACAAGUCUCAGCUAUGGGUAUCCAAACAGCUUCCGUCAUUAUUCUAGCCGGUGCCCUUGCUUUCCUUGUUCUCAUUCCAGCAAGUGUCAGCCUUAUUCGUGUUCAAGCUUCUCUCCUUUCCGAAGAUCAUGAAUCUAUCGUACCAUUCGACCGUACAUUUGGUGGACGUAUUUCUGAAGAUGGUGUCUUGGGCACUCUUGAUGCAUGGAAAACUUUUGACUGGAACUCACGUGUUAGACUUUUGAAGGCAUAUGUCAAGGCUGCUGCUAUGGAGAUUGCCGUCGCGACUUUCUUCAGCGUCGUUUUAUGUGCAGAAGUUCUCAUGGUUCUUGGUGCCGAUCACAAAAAGGUUGUCAUCGGAACAGAUGGCAAUGGAGCACCUAUUCAAUUCGAGAUGUAA